CACAUUUACUAGAAACGGAAGAAGGAAGUAUAUAUAUAUCGAAUGUUAUACAAUCAAACUAUAUAAAAAUUUCAUAUUUUCUUGAGCACUCUGCUAGGAAAGGACGGUUAUUCUAUUUAGAAUGCCUGGUGAACAACUGACGUGCAUUUUACAGAUUGCACACUCCAAAUUCGGAGGGAUUUCCCUCCAACGGGAGACACUAUCGCGUGCUUUUUCUGCCAUUGGCUUAACUAAAACACUUCGCUUCACAAAAAAGGAAUUCUCAAAGGAACUACGUGACACUGUCACUUUUCCAGAGCUGAAACAAUUUAUUCUGUCAAAGCGAGAUGAAAAGAGCACUGAGUUAGAGAUACAAGACAGAAUAGAACUGGCAUGCUGGAAGCUUAGUAAAAGUGACUUCCCUAGACGGCCAUUUAGCGAAUCUGACUUAUUCAAAUUGUGGCAGAUCUUCAAUAGGCUGGCAGAUGAAGAUUCCUAUCCACCUGUGAUAUCGCAGCAAGAUUCAUGCUGGGUCUUUGAAAAAUUUGUGACUGGUGCCAACAAGGAUAGGGAAAUAUCGAUUGAAAAAAGAGAUUUAACAUUUCACAAUUUUCUUUCAUGUCUAGAAAAUAUAGGUGAUCCGGAGGCAGUUUCUAAGGCGACGAAGGAUAUCUAUGAAUGGUUGGUAAGAGAGGUCGUUAAAGGGGGGUGGAUGUAUGUGAGGAAUACGAGAAGAUUCAACUGGUCAUCCUGGACGAGAAAAUGGGUUACUUUGACUCCUGGUAAAAUACAGUUCUCUGGAAAGAAGAUAACGGACCAUUCCAUUGAUAAAAUUAAAGAGAGGUUCUACGUUUCAGACCAAACGGUUUUUGAAAAAUGCGAAACUUCGAUUAAAGGCAUGAAACAUGUUAUCCAUGUAUCACAGGCUCCCAUAUUCGAGUGUUAUUUUGCUGCUACUGAUGACAACGAAGUGGAACAAUGGUUGGCCGCAAUGAAAGAAUCCUUGAAAUAUUGCACCGUAGACAUAAGCCCAGUUCGGUUAAUUCUGAAGAAAACGAGCUCAAAGGAUUCGGAAGAUUCACUAAAUCAACGUGCCAAAACGCGCGAGAAGUCUUUCGUUCGGUCCAAGACACGAAAAAUUGAAAGAAAAAAAGAAAAACAAAAGGGGAAAAUGAAUCCAAAUGUUAAGAAAUCUUUAUAUCAACUGCAAUCAAAAGACAACGAGGCCAACACUAAAGAUAAAAUAAAAGCUGUGUUUUUAGAACUGGAUCAUGACGGCAAUGGGUAUUUGGACGAAAAGGAAUUUUCAGAGGCACUGAAACAAUUUGGUUUGGAGAUGACAGAGACAGAGGUACGUCAAAUAUUCAAAGCCAUAGAUGUAGAUGAUAAUGGAAAAAUUGUCUUUCAAGAAUUCUAUGACUACUUCAUAGAAAAAAUUUUGAGCGAGGAGAGUUCAGCUCUGGCAAAAGCGUUCACUGAAGCUGAUAAUAACAAAAAUGGAACUGUAAAUUUCAGAGAGUUUUCCGAAUUUGUGAGAAAUAGGCAUAAUUCCGUAGGCCUCGACAAGGUUUUGUCAGUGUUUGACAAAUUAUGCUCAGACGAUUGUAAAGACGAACUGUCAUUUCAAGAUUUUCAGUGCAUGUCCUUUCUCGAUGAGCUUGGCAUUCUUCAAGAUGCAUCAGAAAAUUUUGAAGCCCAGUUAAAAUCCCACUUUGAUGCAAGCAAUACUAACGCUCUGCAAGAAAAAAUCAGAAAACGUUGGGAAAAAUUUGCAUCCUUCAGACGUAAGGGAGAUAAUGGUGGUUUGGUAAUGACCGGUGGGAGUGGAAUCGUCGACGAUAUUGUACCAGGAGAAUACAACCUCACUGACCUUGCUAACUUCGUCGACUUACCACAACUACUGCCGAAAAUGACCAUCAUACAAAGAGUGACCUGGGAGUCAAGUAGUAUUCCAAACACAUCGGGGAACCUCUUAUUCCCAUCAGACUUCACCGGUAACAUAGAAGUUGAAAUCGCCACAACAGAGCUUUUAGGGUACUACGGAUGUACAUUUGCCGACGGUAGAAAAGAGAAAGUGUCGCUUCCAUACCGUCAUGCUAUACAAGACUUCACUUACAAAGACGGGUAUCUCUCUGAUUAUGUAGAAAAGAAAAAUGGAGGAGCAGGAUUGGAGAAACAUGGCUUCUUGCAUGUUGAUUGUCCUCUAGACGAUGAUUCUGGCUAUUUUAUUCUAGGGAAACUAACUGAAGACGAACUGCGAGUCACGGCUUUUAAGAUUCCAAAGAGGCACACCCUGUUCGUCCCCGGGAACUGUAUUCAUUCUAAUGAUUACCUGAAGGGGACAUGGCGAACUAUGUUGUCUGAUGAAACCAAUAUUGACCAUGUUCAUCUGCUCAGAAAAUCGGAUAAUGAUGAGAAACCUACCUGGGAACCAUUCACAUUUACGUUUGAAGCAUAAUAUUUUUUGGGUUGCAGUUGUUAGAGAAAGGUAGACAAUGCAAAGUAAAUGAGAAGUUUCUCUAAGAAAGACUUUGAAUUAGUGCUAGGACAGAAAAAUAUGCAUUCUGUAUAAUGCGAAAUCAUUUGAACAUAGUGUCCGAAAAAGUGUCAGAUUGCAAAAGUGAAAAGCAAGGAUACUGUGAAGUGGGAUUUUUUUAAAACUCGAAAUUCGUUUGGUUGAAACAGAUAACACAGGUGUAGACAGCUGUUUUAUUUUAUUUUUGUCAUUGCUUUGUUCUAUUUAUUCUUUUCCAAAAUUUUAUUUUAUUGCAUUAUCUUUAUUUAGCUCGACCAUAAUAAAAAAAUAUUUCUACUUGUAUAAUUUACAAGAAGCUGUAGAUUUUACUGUAUAUCUAAUCC